AUGAGUGCGAAGGUUGAAACUGUCCUCCAGUCCUUGACACUAGAGGAGAAGAUAUCACUCCUUGCUGGGAAGGACUUUUGGGAGACAGUACCUAUACCGGAUAAGGGUGUCCCCGCCAUUAAGACGUCUGAUGGACCCAACGGUGCCCGAGGUGAAGUAUUCACAGGAGGCACACGAGCUGCAUGUUUUCCUGCAGCAGUAUGUUCAGCCGCGACAUGGGAUCCUGCAAACGCAAAGCGCAUAGGUCAUGCUUUGGCAGAGGAGACCAAGACCAAGAGUGCUCGAGUGCUGCAAGUCUGCUGA